CAGGAGUCGCUGAGUUUGUCGUCAUGCGGCCGCCCAUCUCAAAAAUGAAGCAAAACAGCACAAAAUCUGAGUCAACUUAAAAUCUGAGUCCAUCUGAUCCAGCAUCUCUCCCUCCGCGAAAGAAAAAAAAAAAUCGACAGUAAAUCAGUGCGUGGUCUUGGUCCAUUGAGGUUCGUCCCGUGUGUCUGCGCUCUUCGUCAUCGCCCACCGCACUUCCCCUCUGCUGCGCCACACUCUCCGCUAUCUGCGCAUACUUGUUCCGUGUCGUAACUCCAAGAAAAACUCUAUAAACCAUGCACGCGUGGCGCUCGUUGUCCCGCAGCAUCCUCGUGUUCACGAAUGUGCUGUUCCUGCUGCUAGGCUCCGUGCUCGUGUCCAUCGGAGGCUACAUGGCGUCACUCCCAGCGCUCACCGAGUUCUCCGACGGUGGCGUAGCUUCCUCCGUCAUCAUGUGUGGCUCUCUGAUCAUCCUAAUCGCGCUACUGGGUUGCUGUGGCGCCCAAUGGGAGAGCAAAGUGUUCUUGUUCCCAUACGCCAUCCUGGUACUGGUCUCGGUGGUCGCGCAGCUCUCGCUUGCCGGUUUCCUGACGCACGUGCACAGUUCGCUAGUCGAAGUGGCCAAACACAACUUCGACCUGUCCGUACUGGCCCCAGCAGACCAGGAGACGCUGCGCUGGAUUAACAAGAGGUUCAAGUACGUGUACUACGGCUGCGGCUUCGACGUGGACAUCGACCUCACAGGCACACGCGACCGGCCGCUCAUCGCUUCAUGUUCCAACCCCGAGUUCGGCUGGUUUGCGUCAUUCGUGGAGGAGAACUGCCCCAUCGGACACAAGCAGCUACGGAGCGGCAGCAACUUCCUCAAGUGCGCAGGCCCCAGCUUCUCUUUGAGCAACGCUAUGACGGAGCACACGAUGCUCUGUGCCUGCGAGACGCGCAUGAUCUCGUGGGUUAACGACCAAUCGCUGCUCGUAGCGGUCUUCGUGUUCGUCAUCGUGUCUCUGGAGAUCAUGCUGGUGGCGCUGUCGUGCUACAUCAUGCACUCGCGGCGUCACCGCCGCUUCGGCUACCAGGAGAUCACUAUGCCAGUGCGACAACAGCCGUACAACCCGCACCCGCGGAACUACUUUGGCCAACAAGCAGGCCAGCGCCAGCCACUUAAUGCGCACCCAGCGUACACGUACGGCCCGUCCGGGGGAGAGAACCCGUACGCGGCUGCUGCCACUGGAGGCAAGGCCAAGCAGACCGGCUACUAGGACUGGUUGAAAUAGGUCAAAAUGCGUUGAUGGCAGGCGUAGGAAACAGGACCCAAAAGUUUUCCACAAGAAAUGAACUCGUGUGCACAGUGAGCUGCGCUUUGAGUGCAUGUAGCGACGUGAGUAAGCGUACGGAAGACUUCGUUGCCGAAUUGCAAGCGGAUACCUUUGCGUUCGCAACGACUUGUCUGACUUUGCAUGGCGUCAAUGAGUCAUGAUUUUAUGACUCAGGAAGGCCUUUACUGCGGUCACCAAGCACUCGCUCAUGCCCGAUCCUGGCGACGGAAGGCACGUGGAGUUUGCUGACCGAGUCCAUCCGACAAUCCAGAGAGUGACUCUGACAAAGUCCUGACCCUCUGCCGAGUCGUGACAGUCUCACUUGCAAACUAAAGUAUCUUUUUCCAAUCAAGGGUUCGUUACCCGAUGGCAAUGGUAUUGCAGGUUUGACAAACCAAUUGGCCUGAUGAGGACGGCGAUCUGCGAGCUCACCAGGCUGUCCCAACACUGAAAGCACUUCAAGUACCGAGUCAGCAAUAUGUGGAUGAGGACCUCCAGGAGAACCAUUCAGAGGACGGCACGUGCGUUUUCGCGUAAUCUCGUGCCAGACUUGUCCUUUGUUGUUCUCGUUUACCUCAACUUUCACUCCACUCUCGUGGUGGCGAUCGGCGGUACCGGUGUCAAAGUCUCCGCUGCAUGCAAGCAUGCUGCUGAUGACGACGCUUGUUGCGAUUAAGUAAUACACAGAGUCUGGUACAGGAGCGCAAAAAGCAGGGCGAUCGAUGCGCUUUUCCAGUUCGCCAUCCGGUCUCGGUCAUCACUUUCCUUGUGUACUCUUGAAGAUACAAAUUUGCUUCGUGCACAGUGCACAAUGUACUAUUAUACGAGUAUGCACUGCAUUGCACUCGACUUUGGUUUAGGACAACUCGAAGUUUACAAAUACAUUUACCGACACUAGC